GCACGGUCGAUACUUACCUCCGUAUACUUAAAUGUAUGGAUAUAUAGAGUAGACAAGUGCCAUGUGGUGUAAAGUUAUUUUUUAUGACAGUGAUUGUUGACACAAGUGAGUGACAUAGUGAGUGAGUGUAUAUAGUGUUCUGUAGCAUAAGGAUACAUCAAAGCUUUUAGAAAGAAAAAAGAAAGAGAAAAGAAAGCCUAGAUUCAACGUCUUCGCACACAGCAGGUGAUUUACCUGUGGUGGGUCAACGUGGUAUGGCUGAAUUGCCCGAGGGGGCAGCCCCUCCUGAGGACCAUCAGAAUUGGAGAGCCUUUUACGAACAUCCCCUGACGGCCGCCACGACUGCCAUGCUCAAUAUCGGCGGAGGAGCAGAAGACCAAUCAACAGCUAUGGGACUGAUAUAUGAAUACUACAAGAUACCUGAUUCCAAAGAUAAAUUAGCUGAUAUUUGGUCGGCAGGGUCCCAGGCCGGAGGCAUCCUAACUUCGCAGCUGAAGGCAACCAAUGGCUUGGUGAGUGGGGCGGGUUUGGAGUUGGCGACCCCGCCCCUCAGCGCGGCCGGUCAACUUAAUUCUCAAGAGUUGCAAGGUUUAUUUAUUAAUCCGCACGUCGGCUAUACGCAGCCUGCGGCAGCGGGACAGAAUUUGCAGAUCGUAAAGCGGGAACCCGAGGAUUUAAGUCAUCAUCGAAAAUUGGACUGUAGUUCACCGAGUUCGGGAAGCAUUGAUGGUUCGAUAAUCAUCCCCAAGCUUUCGAGACCUAAGGUCGUGCUGGUGUCCUCCGCCGUUGGUCAGUCCGGUGAUCUGGUAGUAGAUGUCAACUCAAUCAAAGACGAGAGUCACCACGGACUCACAUCACCACAGCACGGUUCCAGAUCCAUAAACGGAACUCCUACGUCUACACACAGUAGUCUUCUAGCAGACAGUUCAAGUACAGGGCCAAUUGAGUUCAUAUCUGCGAAUGGCCUCAAACCAGCGAUGUAUACAACGCAGAUAUUCGCCUCCAUGAGCAGCGCGCCUCACAGUGGUGGUAGUGGUACACCUUCGCCCAUUCCCUAUACCGACCAUGUUCAAUAUAGUACUCAAAGUUCGUUAGCUGGUGGAAGUGUCAGUGGUAACACUACCAUUUAUUCUUCCACCGGUAGACCGAGUAGUUCAACGACGUUUUCUGCGACUGAUCCUUAUUACCGUGAAUACUUCACUGUAGCAUCUGGAGCAGGAACUCCGGAACCAUUAUAUUCUACUCAACUGCGAAAUAACCAAUUAGCAUACGCAGAUGAAGCAGCUACAGGUGGAACCACAGCAAGUUUUGUCGAAAGAUAUGUUCGUCAAUCGACUUAUCAUGGAAAAGGUGUCAUAGCCGCUGCCGGUCUCACCGUUGAUCUCCCAAGUCCGGAUAGUGGAAUAGGCGCAGAUGCCAUCACGCCACGUGACCAGAAUACGCUGCAGCAGUCAUUUGAUUAUGCUGAAUUGUGCCAGACCAAUUCUUCCUUGUUGGACCCUCUUUCGUUAUCUCAACGAAGCAAUAGUAGUGCUCAGUCUCCAGGAAAUCAAACGACCAGUAGGAGCCGCCCAUGGCAUGAUUUUGGCAGACAAAAUGACGCUGACAAAAUACAAAUACCUAAAAUAUUCUCUCCCGUCGGUUUCAAGUACCACCUCGAGACACCGAUAUCAACGUCGCAAAGACGGGAAGACGAUAGGAUUACUUACAUAAAUAAAGGGCAAUUCUAUGGGAUUACUCUGGAAUAUCUACCUGAUCCUGAUAAACAGCUCAAAUCACAGACGGUCAAAAGCAUUGUUAUGUUGAUGUUCCGAGAAGAAAAAAGUCCCGAAGACGAAAUUAAGGCCUGGCAAUUUUGGCAUGGUCGGCAGCAUUCGGUGAAACAACGAAUACUAGAUGCAGAUACGAAAAAUAGCGUAGGCUUGGUUGGUUGCAUUGAGGAAAUUGCUCAUAACGCGAUAGCUAUAUAUUGGAACCCUCUGGAAAGUCCAGCAAAGAUUAAUAUCGCUGUCCAAUGCUUAAGCACAGACUUCAGCAGUCAGAAGGGAGUCAAAGGAUUACCGCUCCAUUUACAAAUAGACACAUAUGAAGACCCCAGGGAUUCACAGAUCUUCCAUAGGGGUUAUUGCCAAAUAAAAGUUUUCUGUGAUAAGGGCGCAGAGCGGAAGACAAGAGACGAAGAACGAAGAGCUGCUAAACGUAAAAUGACAGCAACAGGGCGGAAAAAGCUUGAUGAAUUAUAUCAUCCUAUGUCUGAGCGAUCAGAAUUCUAUACAAUGAGUGAUCUCACCAAGCCUCCUGUGUUAUUCUCGCCAGCAGAAGACAUUGAUAAGCUAACGUCAAUGGAACUGCAGGGGUUUUACUCUCAGGAAGAUGGUUCUCUUAGCGGUCCAGUAGAUCACGUGAAGACUGGAUCUCCGUUUCUUCUACACCCUGCUUCGAAACCUCCCAUAACUCCUACUCUAAAAUUUCACAACCAUUUUCCCCCUGACGCUGACAAAAAGGAAACAAGCAUGUUAGAUAGUAGUUUAUCAUCAGAAGGCAACGUCUUCUCCCCUCCAAUAAAAAGGACAAAAUUAAUGGCCGGACCAGGCUCAGGACCUCCCCCCUUGAGCGAGAGAGUUAUGUUAUAUGUACGUCAAGAAAAUGAAGACGUUUAUACACCGUUACACGUAGUUCCUCCUACCACAGCAGGACUUCUAAACGCAAUUGAGAAUAAGUACAAAAUAAGCCCUUCGAAUAUUAUUAACUUGUAUCGCAAAAACAGAAAAGGAAUUAUAGCCAAGAUUGAUGAUGAUAUGGUCGCCUACUACUGCAACGAGGAUUAUUUUUUAAUGGAACUGAAGGCAGUAGAUGAGGAUCUAUAUGACUUAACACUCGUGGAACUGAUGAACCACUAACCGCCAUUGAUAUUAUAAUCAGAUUUUGUUGUGAUUUGUUUUUUAAACAAUGUAUUUUUAAGAACGAUGUUGAUCAAAACUUUAUUAUUUGUUUAUAGUGUCUAGCAUGUUGUUUUUACAAGGAUUUUUCUUUCAUUUUAUAAUCAAACUAAGUUUUUGUUAGUUUUUGUUUUUAUGUUAUUAGGGCGUGAUUACGUUCAUAUUUAUAAAAUAUUAAUGUGAUCAUAAAGAUCCAAUGUAACUCUAAUGUUAUCAGGUUUUAAUACAUGGUGGCAAUGUUUUUGUUUCUGAGAAUUUAAAUACGUUUAUUAAGAAUUUAGCAUUUAGGGUUUACAUCGAUGUACGUAUAUGACGUGUCACAACGUGCUGCGACUAUGUCCAUACGAACUCAUUAAUACAUUGUAAAUCAAGCAUGGUAUGUAGAUGUUUUACACUAUACCCUAUAUACCUUUUAUAUUUUAAAUAUAUUUUAUAGUUAUAGUGCUCUGCACUCCUUACAUUCAGAGUAGCCAGUGAAGUGGAACCUCGAGCUGCAACCACGUAACACUAUGACACAAAAACAGUCCGUUAGAUUUCGACUUUUUGCCUUCACAUAGACACGGCAUACGGUUCUGUUUCUUGUGUUCAAUAUAUAAAAGGACAUGGGUUUCAGCUCGUCGUGACACGGCCGGUAUAUAUCUAGAAAGGUGAUUCUUGAAGCACCACUUAUUUGUGGCUACUAUUGUAAAAAAACCUUACAUCGAUUAUACAUAAUGUACUUCUUAUACAUAUAGGUACGCAGAUGUGUCAUUUGUUUCCUACUAAAUUGUGCCAUAUAUGCAAUUUUAAGACCGUUUCAUAACUUCUAAAAGUUAGCAGUCCUAGGGGAAUAAUCUUAGUUUUGAUUUAGAUUCAAAUUAUGCAGUAACGUGUUUUAUUAUAUUGAGUUAGGUAGUACUUUUAUAUAAUUAGUUGAAUACAUCAUUUCAAAAAUCUUAAAUAGUUACUUUGAAACUUUAAUCCAUGAAUUUUAUUUAUUUUUUCCUUAUAGAUCCUGGAAGCAAACCUUUUCUUAAAGCAAUGGUCCUCCUUACUUUUUGGGAGAUUGAUUGUUCAUUUCCUGGAUAUACCUUAAUCAUCGGAAUCGUUUGGAUCUUCUUAACAUAUUUAACGUAGAACAUGCUAUUAUGUUCUCCUCUUUCUCUUCUUAGUUCACGCGUGACACUUGGGCCGUAAGACCUUUGUACCAUACCUUGUUUUUUCCAUUGAACUCUAAUAAGUUCUGUGGUCUCAACGCAGGCCAACAGUUUCCUUAAAGUUUUAUGAUCUUUUCUGGUUUAAUCCUCAUUUGACCAUUGAAUUCCUGCCUCUCAUCACUUAGCACAUUGCAAUAGCAUAGCAUAUGUAUGGCAGUCUCUUCCUCCAUUUCGCAUUUUCUGCAUCAUGAUUCAUUCACCUUACCCAGGUUGUAUAGGUGUUAUCUGAAACGGCAAUGUCCAGUCACUAUUUCGGUGACUGUUUUAAUCGCUCGUUUAUUGAGGUUCAUCGGAUUGUCCGAGAGUUCUUCUUCUCUUCAUGUACCAUGUCCUUUCAGAACGUUGGUUACCAUCAUAGCUAUCUUAAUUUUAUUCACUGCCACCCUAAAUAGCAUGCUUGUAUUAACACCAUACCAAUCACGCAAGUUCUUCAACCAUGAGGUUCUUCUUCGUCCUGGACUGCGUUUGCCUGCUAUUUUUCCUUGCAUGAUAUUUUGUAGCAACCUAUAUUUGGGACCUCUCAUUACAUGUCCGAAAUACUCCAGCUUUCUCUGCUUGAUGCUUUUUAUGAUCUCAGUAGUCUUGCUGAGACGUUCUAGUAUUGUGGAGUUUCGAAUCUUCUUCACCCAGGAAACUUUUAUAAAAUUCUUCUAUAGCACCACAUUUCGAAAGCCUCAAGGCGAUUUAGAUCGAUUUUAUUCACAGUCCAGGACUCGAUACCAUAAAGUUAGACCGAGAACACGUACCAGCGAAGUAGGCGGAUCCUCAAUGCCAAUUUUAGGUCUCUGUUACAUAACACCUUGGACAUCCUUCUAAAAGCGGCUCUAGUCUGCUCUAUCCUAGAUCUAAUUUCGCCGUGACUUUCUGCGUUACAAUUUAAUUGCUGUCCAAGGUAAACGAUUUUAUCAACUUGCUCAGGUUUGGUAUUAUUUACAUAUAUAGACGGUUUUAUAUGCUGUUGUUUACUUAUUACGAGUAUUUUGGUUUUCCGUAUGUUCAGAUCCAGACCUGCCUCCCUACAACUCUCAACGACACUAUCAAGUAGUGUUUGCAGAUCUUCUUGACUAGAAGCUAGGAGUACUGUAUCGUCCGCAUAUCGCAAAUUAUUGAUGACUUCACCGUUCACAAGUAUUUCUUCUUGUUUUUCAGAAAGUGCUUUUCUGAAAAUUCUUUCGGAGUAAACGUUGAAAAGCAGGGGUGACAAAAGGCAUCCCUGCCGUACUCCUCUUUUAAUAUUAAGAGCCUGUGGUUCCACACCAUCUACUAAAACUGAUGUUGUUUGAUUCCAAUAUAGAUUUGCAAUUUUUCGAACAUAUCUGCCGUCCAAGCCAAUGUCUUUUAGAGCUUCGAUCAAUAUAGAGUGCUUAACACGAUCAAAUGCCUUUUGGAAGUCAAUAAAACAACAGUAUAUGUCUAUAGAUAUAUCUCGACAUAUUUAAGCAAGUACGUUCAUUCCAAGUCCGAGAGUUGUUUAUCAAUAUUGUUGAUUAUUUUCUUAGUCUGAAUUUACCUUUGAAUGGCUGUCCAUUUAUUUUGAUGAUUUCUUCUCAACCACUUCAGAACCUCGCUUUUGUAACAGGUUCUUUAGCGAUGCCACUAAAUGGUUCUGGACUGAGUGCUGGAUUUACUUAUGGGCGGAAUGAUAGCCCAGGGCGACAGAAUUCAGGGGGCGGCAAAUUUUUGUAAAAAAUAAAAUGGCGGGGGCGGCAAAUCUUUAAAUCCGCCUCUGUCUGGACUUCUAACCCGGCACCUGUAUUAAAGAACUUUCUUUUGCCAGGUUGUUGAGGAGAUCUUUGCAGUUCUUUAACAGUUUUUAUUUGGUGAGUGGGUUAUUAACUGCCAGAAUAGCCGCUUGGUUAUCUGUAAAAAUUUUGAUUCUCUUUGCUUUGAAAUCUGCAUCCAUGAUUUCAUCACUGCAUGCCACCAAAGCAAAAACUUCAGCCUGGAACACAGAUGUAUAUUGACCUAGGAACCUAGGUUACAGCCCUAUAAGAUUUAUUAUAACUUUAUGUGUGUAAUUAUAAUAAAUCCGGCAUCAUGGGCAGUUUUAGAUCCAUCAGUGAACCAAAUUAAGUUCCCAUUAAUAUUUGGGACUUUUUGUUCUCUUGAUGGUAUAAUUAUUGUGUUAUUCUUCUUAAUGAAGAUUAGUUCUGGUGUCAUCAUAUCUGAGUUCAUCAUAAAUAUGGAUUCCUCAAGUGUAUUAUUUAUGUGGCUAUUCAAUAGAUAACUGGGCCUUCAAGUAUUAUUUUUCUUUAAAUCGCAAGCUUAAAGGCUACCGCUGAAAUAUAUAAUUCCAGCGGAGGAAGACUUCUGAUAGCCUCUAAAGAUACCGUUCCUUUUCUAUUCAAGGCUCCUGUUGUAUUUAGAAGCGCUUGUUUUUGUUGGUGGUGAUAAAGGUUGCAAAAGAUUGCAAAACCGUCUUUUUCCACCAAAGUACUGAACCAUAAGUAACUGUCAGUCAUAUCACUGAUGUAUAUAACCAACAGAUUAUCUUUCGUUUGAACUCUAGUUUAGCCGUAUUGGUUACAUUGUUAAUAUGAGUGCCUCAAUUGAGUUUGGAAUCCAGGAUUACCCCUAGAUACUUGACCCCAUUGGUUCAUGCUAGGUCCUCCUCAAAUAAUUUCAGCUCACUCGGUCCAAUGAGCGUCCUCUUAUUAGUGAAGGUUACUAAUUUAGUUUUGGAACGGUUCUCAGAGAGGUUCUCUUUCAGGCACCAAUUCUCUAUGUAAUGAAGGGUAUUUCGCAUCUGAUCCGCAACAGUAUAUAUAUAAAGGGUUGUCUACAGCUAAUGCCGUUUCCCUUCCGUCGGCCAGGACUUCCAAUAUUUUUCGAUCUUCCCAGUCUCCGUCUUCCAAUCCUUUCUUAGACCUCGUUUUUCCAAGAUCUUCUCGGUCGUCAUCUUCUUGUUCCUCUUGGGCUCCAUUCUGCAACCUUGUUUAUCCAAGUGUUUUCGGCUCUGCGUACGUGGCCGUACCAUUUUAGUCUUCUCUCGUCCAUAUAUUGCAGGGCAUCUUUUUCUACUUGAAUUCUUCUCCUUAUCCCCUCAUUUGUUAUUCUGUCUCUUCUGGUGAGACUGCAGCAUCUUCUGCAGUAUUCCAUUUCGGUUGCCAGAAUCCUCUUUUGGGUUUUUUGUUUAUGACCCAAAUUUCUGCAGCAUAUGUCAUGAUGCUUCUCACUAUUGUUCGAUAUAUAAUUUUGUUUUUCGCUUGAUGUUCUUAUUCCAGAUUACAUUAUGGAGCUGUCUGAUGCAAGAUCUUGUUUGUCCCAAUUUAUUUUUUAUUUCUGCUUCUGUUGUUCCGUUUUUUGACAUUAUAAAGCCCAAAUAUUUAAAAUUCUUUGUUCCUUUUAUUUCUAAGUUUUUGACGUCUUCUUCCGAUAUUGCUAAGUAUUCCGUUUUCUUCAUAUUUAUUUCCAGGCCCACCUUUUUGUAUUCCUCUUUUAGUUUUCUUACCACGUAACUGAUAUCCUCUUCAUCUUGAGCCAUCACCGCCUGAUCGUCAGCGAAACACAAUGUGUAGAGAUAAUCCGUCCCUUAUCGGUAUUCCCAUACCCCCACAUUUGGUCUUCCAAGUUGUUAGUGCGUGUUCUAAAAAUAUUUUAAAUAGUUGGUGACGUUGGGCAUCCCUGUAGUAAUUCUUUUGUUGUUUUGAAGUUAGCAACUACCUUGAGCAACUACCCUUGAGGACACCCCUUAGUUUCCCUCAGGUUUAUGACAUCUUCAUCUGUGUAUAUUAUUCUGUUCUGAAGCUACAACAUGCUAGUAUUUUCUCUCCUUCUUUUUGGUAUUUUUUCGUCAUGAAUCAAGUUGAAAAUUGUAGUGGUACAUAAUUUCACUUUUCGAGAAGGUGAAUAUUGUUGUUCAUCAUCUGUCUAUUGGAUUAAUCUAUUUCAUAUAAAUGUAUAAAGCACCACAUAUGCUUUCUGAUCCCCAAUAACUGUCUUUGUCUCUCAUCCCAGAAGUUAUUCUUUACUUUUUCUUUGAUACUUGAAAAAAUAUACGUUUAUCUAUAACUCGCCAGCCUCUGUCUGUCUUGUUUUCAUAAGAUGCAAUACUUAUGUAGAGCACAAUAUACCUACUCAUGAUUUUGUUUGUAUUUUUUCUAGGAAUAUAUACUUUUAGAUAGGUAUCUGCCUUAAGAACCAACAUAAAAAAUUUAGUUAUUUUUAAAUAUUCUGCUAGACUAUUCGUAGGGAAUAAACAACUAUCUUCGAAUAUCAUAGAAAAUUGUGGGGUUUUAAGAGUAUAAUUAAGUAUGCUACAAAAUAAAAAGUGUUUUCCAGAAUCUCCUUAGUAAUAACUUGGUCACCAUUGAUCUCAAAAUUGGAAAAUGUAAAUGAUCUGAACACGAUUUGUACAGAACCGCUAGUUCUUGUAUCUAGGGAAAGAUGGGUUUUUCUUUGUAUAUAGCUUUAGAUUUGUAAAUAAUGACCAGCCAUGACUUAGAUAUGUAUGCUCAGUGUUGUGAUAAGAACUCUGAAAACCUCUUGAAUAUUGAAGAAUGUAGCGCAAAAGGUAUUAUGCGAUCAUUUUAGGCAAAACUCAUUUUAGACAAGACUCCGCUGCAUUGUAAAGUUUUAAUGUUUAAUGUCGUAUUUACGUUGCAAAUAGUACCAUAAGUCAAAAAGAGAUUAUUUAUAAAACCGUCAGUCAACAUUGCGACCCAAGAAAAAAUUAUUCAUAGUUUAAAGCCCAAGCUACCAUAUCUAUUGCAUCACCACUCGUUACUAAUCUCCUGGUAUAUUCUCGGUGAUUAUUGGUCUUAAGUUGGGUACACAUAUGCGAGCCGAACUGUAUGUGAACGCUAUAUUCGUAUAGUUUGUACGGCAGUAUGAACCGCUUACGAGCUGUUCAUUCGUCACUCGUCACGAACCAUGGCCUGUCGGUUUUUGAGACGAACACAAAGAAUAUUCGCAGUUCAAUUUGGACGGCGUACGCAGCGAUAUUGUCUCGUCGAAUCGAGAUUGUGUGAAUGACGUGUUCCUAGAGAUAAACUUGAGAAAAAAAAUGUAAUCAAUUUUUAUUUUAUAGUUAUAUUUUAUAGUUAUUUUAGAGUAAACAAAUAAUGGCUGUCAUUAUAUACAUUUUGAACGUGACUUUGAGAAAAAAUUACAAAUUAAAUGAAUCAUUUACAUUAAACGUCGCACAAGUUGGUUCGUCGCUUUCCAUGGAUCGUUAUGAGUUUGCGAUGAGUUCGCUAUAAAUAUAUAUUUAGCGAACCGUAUGCGAGCAGUUCGCAAACAGUUCGGCUCGCAUAUGUGUACCCGCCUUUACAAACUUUCAGAACCUGACUCACUCAUUUGAUGACGUCAAUCUACGAAUAAAACUAUGAAGUCUGAUAUUACGGAAAAUAUUUAAUUUUCUACAGUACGUUAUCAUAGCAAGACAGAGUCAAAUAGAGUCAAGAUAUAUUUCGCCAAAUUUUAAUUAUGACAUUAUUCUCAUCUUAUUUAAGUUUUUGCAUCAUUGGUUUUAGAUGUUCCAGUUUUAGUCGUUUAACAGAAACGUUGAGCGUUUUUACAAGUUUCUAGUUUUUCUAGAACUGUUUUCAUCAUCAUCGUGAUAUCACAACUCGUUAUGAGCCAAAGCCUUCUUCAGAACAAUCCUCUAUUCACCCCUGUCUCUGGCAACUUUUCUCCAUGCUCUACCUCCAAUAGGUUUUAAAUCAUCCUCUAAGUAGUCGUGAUACGUAAGUCUCGGUCUUUGUCUGGCUCGUUGUCCAACCGCCCCUUAUCGUUCAUAAACUUUUCUGAUUGUUGCACCUUUCUCUCGCCUAAGGCUUGCUACCUUAAUGAAUUUUACAACGUCAGGUUUUCCGAAACUCAUACUUACAACUCAAAGUUGCAACGCCUGCGCCACAAACCCUGCUCUUUUAUUCUUCCAUAUGUUCUACUUAGGAUUUUUCGCUCGAAAUGGUUAAACAGUUCUUGUCCUCCUGUGUAAGUGACCACGCUUCUGUUCCACAUCUUAGCACUUGUCUUAUUAGUGUAUAUAGGAUGUCACUUUAGUUUUCUGUGUAGUUUCGAGGCGAUCUAUCUGCUCAAGCCAUAGGAACACUUAUUAGCAAGCACUAUUGUUCUUGCCCUUAUCUGAUCUUUAGUCAACAUCGAGCCUAGGUAUAUGAAGGUGUUCACAACUUGCAGUUCUAAAUCAUCAAUUAUUAUUCUUCUAUCUAGUUGUGUUACUUACCUAGACUGACCUAGUACGACACAUAUAUUUGAUCUUUGGGAUAUUUAUAUUUAAUCCCAGUUAGUUCUCUGUCCAGAUGCCCUUAAUAACCGGAAUGUAUCGGUCAGAGACUAUGUGAACCUAGCUGUGAUGUCGAUAUCAUCUGCAUAUCCAACAACUUAUUCAUCACUCUCUCUUAGUCAAUUUUUGCAGUGGAGGGGUCUUGAAAGAACGUUCUGGAUUCUGACCAUGCUCGCUUUUCUUGUAAGUUUAAGUUCAGUAGUUGAAUAAGAUGAAGCUGUAUUUGGAAGUUUACCAGGAGAGGUUAUAUGUAUUAACUAAACUUAAAAUAAGAAAAUCUACGGUUUCGUUUUGAUUUAAAUCUGUCUCCCUCCAUCCCCCGAUAGUACUAUUUCUAGGUCUACCUGUUGUUAAGAAGGCUAUAAGGAAGAUAAAUUUACAUCAUCACGACCGUAGUGUCUCGAUAUAAAUUAAAACAAUUUGUAUCGCAGUAUGGUUAGAAACUGGAGACCGUGGACAGGAAGAAGAGGAAGAGGAAGACCUCAGAUGCGAUGGAAGGACGAUAUUGUAAAAGCUGCAGGAACUAACCGGAAAAACGCAGCCAAGGACAGACAGAAAUGGAAAGAUUUGGGGAAGGAAUAUGUCCAAAGUUGAAUGGAAACGGGCUAAAAGAAGAAGAUGCUUAGAACGUCCUCCAACGGGGAAUAAGUGAAAUGAAUUUCGACUCGAUUCAAGUUCUCUGUUUAACCCAGGUAUGACAAUACCAAAAGGCACCGUUAGGAAAAUAUUCCAAUUUUCGGUUCAGAGAACCCGUAUGAAUCGAGUCUGUGUACUCUAAUACAGAGUAUGGCAUUAGUGAAAUAAGAAAAUCUUACAGAAAUAAACAGAGAACUUGAGGCGAUUCGAAAUUCAUUUCACUUAUUCCCCGUGAGAGGGCGUUCUAACCAUACUGCGAUAUAAAUUGUUUUAAUUUAUAUCAAGAAACUACGGCCGUGAUGGUGUAAAUUUGUCUUCCUCAGACCCUCCUUGACAACAGGUAGACCUAGAAAUAGUACUAUCGGGGGAUGGAGGGAGACAGAUUUAAAUCAAAACGAAACCGUAGAUUUUCUUAUUUUACUAAUGUUAUACUCUGUAUUAGUACAGACUCGAUUCAUACAGGUUCUCUGCAACCGCAAAUUGGAAUAUUUUCCUAACGGUGCCUUUUGGUAUUGUCAUAUCUGGGUUAAACAGAGAACUUGAAUCGAGUCAAAAUUCAUUAAACUUAAAAUGUUGGUUCAGUUGAUUAAACUAUCUAAAUUAAAAAGUGAUGGGGCGAUCUAGAUUCAAGAACUAUUUAUUUUACUACUUUUUAAAUCACAAAUGGGUCAAUCCUAAAUUAUGUGAAUUGAUUCUAAAGUUGUAAUGGUACAUUAUUUUAUUAUUAAUUAUUAUUAUUUAUUACGAAUUAUGAAUUAUUAUUAUUGAUUUUUAUUAUAUAUUUUUAUUAAUUAUUGUGUUCUGGCAUUUCGUUUACAAAUGUGAAAGAUUUUACCAGACAGUAUCGCUCGUAUCAGUGAACGAUACAUACGACCGUUGCCGUAUUCUUGUUAAUAAUUUCUGCCGCAGUUGCAGAUGAAAUGCCAGGAAGAAGGAAUUGUUAGGCAGACCGCACAUCAAAGAAACAUGAAACGUAAAUUACGUUUCAUGGAAAUAAACCACUGCUAAACAAAUAUAUAUCCGGCCAUUUAUGAAACUCUCCGAAAAUAAAAAUGUGUCAUGAGCAUGAAUCACACUCGUUUCAUUGGUAGGCGGACUUUGAGAUUUGUUUAGCAGUGUUUUAGUUUCAUGAAACAUGUUUUUCGUUUCAUGUUUCAUGUUUUUCGUUUCAUGUUUCUUUGGUGUGCGGCGUGGCUAAGACUUGCCACAGUUCAUAAACCCCAAAAAACGGUUACCAUCACAAAACACCGGCAGCAGAAGCCUACAGUUCUUGAUCCUAAAGUUGCUUAUGCAUCUACGAAAGUUACACGUUAUGAAAACGAAUAAAUAUUUUACAAGUACCUACUGUAGAUUAGUAUAAAAUGUAAAAAAUCAAGAGUAUAAUUAAUUUUUUUUGACUUAUGAAACUUUUUCCACGGAAAUGCGAUAUAAAAAUGUGCAAUAACUUAAAAAUUCAUAAAAUAUUAUUUUUAGGUAAUGGAUAGGUUAUAAGAUUUCGAUAUUAAAUAUCCUUAAAAUUAUGACAAACAAAAUACUAUGCGUUUAGAACUUAUGAACUUCCAACCAUUGUUUAAAAAAAUCGAAAAUAUCAGUGAACCUCUUAAGAUGUAUUAAACGCAAAAAAAUAUAUCUGUUAUAAUAUAUCUCAUUGUUGCAGUUGUACUACCCACACAAUCGUCUAGAUUCUAGAUCCUCGCUUAAGUUUUUUGAAAUUGUUUGUUUUAUUUUAUUAUUUGGUCUCGCCAUCAUUUUGUGCUUCACCCUUUUUUCCUCCAAUUUUUUCACUUUUUGUCUUCCUACAAAUGUAAAAAAUUUAUUAUUACUAUUGCUUCUCCUUAAAUAAAUCUCAAUUUAUUUUUUAACAGCCCGAUAUCUCAACGGGUUAAUGCAUCCACAUUGAUUUAGUGAAUUCAUGCUCCAUGCGCUACAAAACCGAAAUAUAUAAAUUUUUCUGCGCUAUACUUAUUUUUUCUUUAAUAAUAGUUGUUAUAAUGAAGCAGCUUUUAAGUACUGUUUUUUAAAUUAUCAGUGUUUUUACACAGUUUGAUUCCACUUUUAUAAUGUUUCAUAAAGGUGUAAGUUACUUCCAUUUUUUCGUCUGCUUUUUCACAACUUUUCUUGAUUCCUUAUUCUUCUUUUUCUUCUUAUAUUAGGCCUUAGGCCUGUUUUUGUUCGAUAUUAAAGCUAUAAGACUUGAUACUUGUCUUCCCAAUCCUACAAUGUGGUGUUACAGAGAUGUUUUAUUUUGAUAUUUGGUAUUGUGUAUUUAUGUCUGGAGUUCUAAGUAUUAUUUUUUGUUUCUGCUGAAUCUGCUAUAAUUUCUAUUAUUGCUCUGUCACAGGCUCUAUAUAUACGCACUUUACCAUCUAAUCUCACAUAAUUUAAGCUCCUUUAUUUGCUUGUUUUCUUACACUCUCUUUCCACAACUAGAUAUAUCUACUCCCAGAUCACGAAUAUCGAGACUAAGUCCGGUUUCGGAUUAUCUUCCAUGGAUGCCUGGCAAGUCUUUCCAGACCUUUCUCUCGCGCGCGCAGAUACCCUUUCCCAUCUCUUCUCUUUAUUGCUUAUGUUACUUAUGUUUACCCCUAUUGUCUCUCUCUUUCUAAAAUCUCUUUUCUUUUGUUUGUUUAUUAGUUGACGCCACACCGGUGCCGCAUAUAGGAUUGUGGAAUGUACCACUUCGAUCACAAUCCUUUUUUUACCCGUAGGUACCUUGACCUCCUAUAUUUGGCAUAAUUAUUGCCAAUGCUGUUGCGCUUUGUUCGGCACUAUUUGUGUCCAACAUCACUCCUAUGUAUGUAUUUAACCGUUUUGGUCGGUAUUAUUCGUUCUCUUUUAAGGAUUUUUCAACUUAGGGAGAAGUUGUUUCAACAUCAUCAUCGUAAGAUUUCACUCUGCUUCUGACCGUUAUAAGGCUAUUUUAAUAGUUUAAAUCCAGUUAAGUUGGACAGGAGCUUACAAGUGAACCGCCUUCCAGCCAACUAUUAGAUAUUUGCCUAUAUCUAUGGCCAUUACCAUAUUCAGUUUUCUUUCUAGACCGUGUAUAGGACUUAUGUUAUAUACAACCCAAGUCUCUUAAAUCAGUAGAGAACUACUUCUUUCAGCUAAAUGAGACAACGAAAAAGAAAAGAUGGUUUUGUUACUUUUGCUCAUAUAUUCGCGUUAGACAUUUACUCGCCUUGAUUUUAAUAUUUUUAGUUAUACAUAUUAAACUUUAAAUUGAUUAUUAAAUUAUGUUAAAUUGAUUAUAAUUGAUUAACUAAAUUGUAUACCUUCCCUUUCAUUUCAAAUUCACUACACUGACUUUGAAGAGGGAAAUUUGUAGGGGAAGGUCAAAUGUCUUUUUCCCACAGUACGUACUGGAAGUAAUUCAUAAAAAAUAUUUUUCUGAAUGCAUAGUACUAUUAGAGAUACCUAAAAUGUAUCGUUGCAUUUAGCUGACUUUUAACGUAGUAAACAUAAUUGUCUUGUAAUCUCAACUCCUUUAAUUAGCAGUAUCGUUUCUAAAAUAAUUAUAUAAAAAUUAAGCAAGUUAAAUGUUUCAAUAUUUUUCAAUAUUUCUUCUGAUAAAAGGUUGCUUUAAUAUUACAAAUAAUAUACUGUCAGAUUGGCACUCUUAAAUAUGAGUGAAUUGAAUCAUGAAUAAAAUAGAGGAACACCCUAAAUUAGAUAAUCAGCUGAUAUGCCAGAUCAAGAAGGAUGCAAAUUAUCCCAGAUAGAAAAUAUGAAAAUAUAGCUUACAAAAUACUAACUAACAUUCAGUACGAGAAACUAAUAAUAUAUAGGGUGAGGCAGGUAAAGGGCCUAUUAGAAAUAUCUCGAGAACUAAAGGUAAGAGAAUCAGGAAAAUUGGAAUACAAGGGUUUUGAGGUAUGAACUAUUUAAUGAAAAUAUUUUGGUCUCUUUGCUACUUCCGGUUAUACCGGAAGUUGAUUGUAACUUCCUUUUUUUUUAAUGGGACACCCUAUAUAUUUUUACAUUUUUCGAUUCUGCUCGAUGUCUUCUUUCUUAAAAUAUGAGGUUUUGUAAUAUUAUACAGGGCAGUUUAAAAGAUAAUUACGGUUUUGUAUAAAUUUUGUAGCAAACUUCACACCCUGUAGAAUUGUACUGAUUUGAUAUCAAAAACUCCAUUUAUGUUCAAGUAAUUCUCAAUAUAGUCCAUCAUUAUUAAAAAUUAUUAAUAUAGCGGAAUGUUUAAUUUUAGUAUACAGGGUUGGUCGAAACUCGGAAUGAGUAUUUUCUUAAAUGGAACACUCUGUAUUUUAGUAUUGUAAUGAAAUGAUAUUUUAUAGUACUUUUUUAUUUCUUAAGCAUUCCCUAUACCUAACUGCUUUAAUUUGUAAGUUAUUCGUAGUUCUCUAAGCCAAACAUUACUUGCAACAAAAAUUACGUGAAAUUUUAUUCGGUUUGCCGUGAAAAUAUUCAAUCAUAAAUAAUUUUUUGAAAAUAAAUACAUGCUAAUCUAGAAUGAUCCUUAAUUUAUUAAUAUUGGAUGGGAUACCAAAAUGCCUGCGUUGUUAAGAUUGUUGUUGCAUAAAAUAUUAAUAAAAACAAACCAUAUUCUACAUAGUUGGCUAUGGCUUGGACACUAAACUUGAUUAAACAUUAGACAUUACAAAUAUUAUUUUUAUAGUUCCAGUUGCUUUGUUACCAUUACUAAUAUAAAUUUUUGUAAUGGGGAACUGAUUAGUAAAGUUUUUGUUCUAGGAGAGUAUAACAAAAAUAUACUACUAGCAAUAAGAAUUUAAGACGACAACCAAGAAGAGAAACUUUUCAAAGUUUGCUAGAAUAGUUUCGACGUAUUAGACACUUAGAUUACGAGGACGUUCAUACCAAUAUGCAGAUUCUCAGUGACACUAACAUUUACAUAAUUCAUUUUAAUUAUUUACAAUAGUUUUUGUUCGAUCAGAUUUCUCGUAUUCUAAAUCUCCAUUUCGUUGAAACCGCUCUAGUAAAUUUUGAAAAGUUUUUCUUUUUGGUUGUCAUCUAUCAUGGAAUUGCUGAUGAUAAAUUCUUAUUGCUAAUAGCACAUUUUUAUUUGUUAUACUCUCCUAGACCAUAAAAACAUCUGAAUCAGUUCCGCAUUAGAAAAAUUGAUAUUAGUAAUGGUAGCAAAGCCACUGAAAAUCCAAAAACAGUAGAAUGUUUAAGCAAUGCAAAUGUUUAAGCAUAUAUUAUUUAGUGUCAAAGUCAUAGCCAACUAGAUAAAAUAUUAUAUGUUUUUAUUAAUAUUAAACGCACCAACAAUCUUAACUACGUAGGUAUUUUGAUAUAUCAACCAGUAUUAAUAAAUUAAGGGUCAGUUAAAAUUAAUAUGUGUUUAUUUUCGAAAAAUUAUUUAUGAUUGAAUAUUUUCAUGGUAAACCUAAUAAAAUUUCACGUAAUUUUUGUUACAAUUAAUGUUUGGCUUAAAGAACUACGAAUAACUUACAAAUUAAAGCAGUUAGGUAUAGGGAAUGCUCAAGAAAUAACAAAGUACUAUAAAAUAUCAUUUCAUUACAAUACAAAAAUACAGGGUGUUUUAUUUAAGAAAACUUAGAAAAUACUCAUUAGUUUCGACCAACCCUGUAUACUAAAAUUAAACAUUUCGCUAUAUUAUUAAUUUUUAAUAAUAGUAGAUUAUAUUAAAAAUCACGUGAACAUAAAUGGAGUUUUUGAUAUAAAAUCAGUACAAUUCUACAGGCUGUGAAGUUUGCUGCAAAAUUUAUAAAAAAACCGUAAUUAUCUUUUAAACUACCCUGUAUAAUAUUACAAAACCUCAUAUUUUAAGAAAGAAGACAUCGAGCAGAAUCGAGAAAUGUAAAAAUAUAUAGGGUGUCCCAUUUAAAAAAAACGAAGUUACAAUCAACUUCCGGUAUAACCGGAAGUAGCAGAGACCAAAAUAUUUUCAUUAAAUAGGUCAUACCUCAAAACCCCUGUAUUCCAAUUUUCCUGAUUCUCUUACCUUUAGUUCUCGAGAUAUUUCUAAUAGGCCCUUUAUCUGCCUCACCUUGUAUAGGUAUUGAAAUGUGAUAGAGUAGAGAAUAAUGACAGAUCAUCUGUUUAUCCACUUUAAGGCAGUACAUGACAACCUAAAAGGCCAACCGUACGAUAAAAAUUAUUAGCAAGAGUUUUGUCUACGAAAAAUUGUAUAGAACAAUAAACCAAAUAAUCAUAGAAACCAAAGAAAACCAAUUACUCAAAAUGUCAGAAUAAAAAUAGAUAAAAACACCAAAUAAGAGAACAAUAUUUUUUAAUGUGUUCCGUAGAUUAUUGCUUAUCAUUUCAAGCAAUCAAAGCUUUAGUUUAAACCAAAUUAUUUUUCAAACUUGAAUCUUAGUUUACAGAUAUCGUAUGUAGACCAGUUGGCCUCAAUUCUAAACAGUGCGUGUGCCUCUCGUCAACUAAGACUAACUUAGGUUUUUAAUAGUAAAGUAACCUUAACUGUUGAUCUGACCUUAAAUUAGUUAUGUAGGAUAUUUACCUAUUACUCUUUUGUUUACAUCAGUUUACUGAUUAUUUACUUACAUACCUACAAGAAUUCAAAAUGUACCUGACUAAUGGUUAAAAAGUAGCAUGUUCAGAGUAAACUACGCUUUUGAGGUACAAUUCUUCACUAUAUUUUUAUAAAGGAAUUUUUCUAUUUUAGAAAAUUCUACAUGGUACUGAUCUGAUUAAUAAAUCUCUUACCUUUUGAAUAAUUUAUUAUAAAAAUAUGUAAAAUCUUUUAAGACAGUUUUAUGAUUUUAGAGUAGUUCUAGAUUUUUUUAGAUAGCUCUCUGCAUCCAUACAUACGAAAGAGAUUAUAAGAUCUUUAUAAUCGAUGACUUGUCUUCAUUGACCACCAUUCGACUUAGGUUAAGAUAGUGAAACAAUGAGGAAUAUAUUCGCAAUAUUAUUUAAGGUUCUUUUUUAUAAAUGUACGUCUUGAUUUUAUAAAUAAAAGUAUCUAUGUAUUUGAA